AUGCUUGAGGAUACUCAGGUCCAGACUCAAGACGAGGAUCGUGUUCUCCAGCAAGGCGAUGGCAAGAUACCAGCGCCACGAGGGAAGCCCGAUCCGAAUUUACCCUCUGGACCAGAAAUCCUCUUGAUACCUGGCGACCCUAUAGACGAACCCCGCGACGAGCCACAUUUCGCAGAGUCGGCAGGAGAGAGCUUGCCAAAGGGGCCUGUUGAAGUACAAGCAAACUUGGAUCCAGAGACCGAGAAAGCAGCAUUGAUUUCCUCACCGGAUCAACCAGCUAAAGAGAAGAUCAUCGAAGCCGAGCCGAUCGACCACCUGACUUUGGAGGAGAAGGCAGACAGUUUACCAGAGGUCAUCCAUAUACCGUUUGAAGACGCAAUCAAAGAUGACGUUCUCCAAGGAUGGGAGGACCACUGGGUCUCCCAUGCCACGUAUGACGCCAAUAAAUGGGGAAAAUUGGAUGAGAUCAAGGUUGAUUUCGUGUAUCUCUGGGUGAAUGGGUCUCAGGAAGAAUUCCAGAAGACUAAGUAUCCUUACGAGUUGAACUCUGUGCUCAACGACGAGGAAGGCCAUUGGAUCCGCUCACAUGGAAUCAAUCGUUAUCGAGACUGGGACGAGUUGCGGUAUUCCCUUCGUAGCGUUGAACAACACGCGUCCAAGUUCCGCAAUAAGAUCCAGAUUGUGGUGAAUUCGGUGGAAGGAACCGAAGAGGGCAAACAAAUACCAAGCUGGUUGAAUGAUGACGACCACACCCAAGAAGUUGUUCAGGUGUUGGCACAGGAAGAGUUCUUCGAUCGCGAGAAGCACGCUUGUCUACCAACCUUCAACUCACUGACCAUUGAGAACCAACUGUUCAACACACCUUCGGACACCGACUAUUUGUAUGCACUUUCUGAUGACAUGCUCCUUGGAAAGCCGCAUGCUGCGUCCGACAUCCACUCGCCUCUGUUUGGGUCGGUCAUGGGGUUCAAGACCAACUCGUACAGUGCAACAACCCCGCCAACGGACGUAGAUGCACGGCGGUUUGGCGAGAAGCCAUUUUUGAUCUAUACCUCGUGGUUGCUGAAUCGCAGGUUUGGAAUCCGGAAGCGGAAAGGGCAGGGCCAUUUUGGACAUGCCUUGUCCCGCAGCAUCAUGCGUGAAGCGAUUUCAUCUUUCCCCGGGCCGGAGCUUCAAAGCGCAUGUAAAAGAUUCCGUGGAGAGCCCGGCUUCCAGUUAUAUUCAUGGUACGUGACAUUCCACUAUCUCAUAGAACGACAUCGAGAAGCUCUGUUGUGGAGCUACAUCAUGCUGCGAAGCGAUGUGGACGGGGAUGGCAAUUUGUCAUGGGAGGAGAGGCAAACCAUCAUGCAAGACCUCGAGGCGGGCAUGCAAAACGAGGGCAGAACGACCUACCGCAAACGCAACUACUACCACGUGUCCCAACUCCUCCAGAAAGCCGGGCUAGAGCCUCCGAAAGUCAACACGGACAUUCUGUGGACCUCCCUAGAUGGACCGCAAGCAAUACAAAACAUCGACUGUAUUGAAUUCGACGUCAAUGAGUGUCUCGCACCUGGGUUCUCGAUUUCGUCCACGGACGCGCGCACCAAGAGUCCUGUUUUUGCAACGUCGAAUGUUUUCGACCGACUGGCGAGGCAGGAACCCAAAUGUGGAGAUUGCCUGCUCAAGCUCGUUUUGAACAAGACGCCAAAGGGGCUGUCACCGUUGUUGCCUCGAGCAGAUACCCAGAAGGAACAGCGUGAAAUGGUGGUCAAGGCAGUGAUGCGUUAUCGGUACACGGUCAGCAACCCAGAUGCGUUGUUCGUCAUGGUGACGGAUGCCGAGCAGGUCGACAGCACCCUGGUCAAUCGCUUUGUUCGGUCCAAGAAGGAACUCGCAGGACAACUGUGCCUGAACGACGACGUGUCGACGAGUGACCCGCUGGAACUGGCCGAUGUGAAGCAAGCCAUGACGGAGCUGUACCAAGGGUUGUUUCCGGACUCGAGUCCGUAUGAGAAAUGA